ACCUCCGCCCGAGCCCGCGGGCCUUGCGGCUGCGUUUACAACCGGCUUCCUUGUGAGUCAGGUGGGUCCUGGGCCCGGGAACGUGCCCGGAGCUGUGGACGCGCUACAGCUGAGAAGGGGACCCAAGGGGUCGGCCGCGGCCAAGGCCCCUAGGACCGCCGCCCCAGCUCACGCUGCCGACGGCAGCUAUAGAGAUUCUGCGUGAGGUCCGGGCUCCUGGACUUCGCCUUUCCCGAGCCCUGGAGGUGGGGAGAAAAGGAUCUUGUGCUGUGAAGACAUUUCCCAAGUGCUUCAUGUUAGCCAGCAAAUCUGACCCACAAGGCCUGGAAAGAGGUGAUUGUUAGGUUGUGCGGAGGCGGUCUUAUCCAGCUCAGCUUCCCCUGGGAUCCACCGUGGGACCUGAGGCAGAACUGGGGUGGACUUGGCCUCCUCCAUGGCACACCGGCUGCAGAUACGACUGCUGACGUGGGAUGUGAAGGACACACUGCUCAGGCUCCGCCACCCCUUAGGGGAGGAAUAUGCCACCAAGGCCCGGGCCUAUGGGCUGGAGGUGGAGCCCUCAGCCCUGGAACAAGGCUUCAGGCAGGCGUACAGGGCUCAGAGCCACAGCUUCCCCAACUACGGCCUGAGCCACGGCCUCACCUCCCGCCAGUGGUGGGUGGAUGUGGUCCUGCAGACCUUCCACCUGGCGGGUGUCCAGGAUGCUCAGGCUGUAGCCCCCAUCGCUGAACAGCUUUAUAAAGACUUCAGCCGCCCCUGCACCUGGCAGGUGUUGGAUGGGGCUGAGGACACCCUGAGGGAGUGCCGCACACGGGGUCUGAGGUUGGCAGUGAUCUCCAACUUUGACCGACGGCUAGAGGGCAUCCUGGGCGGCCUUGGCCUGCGUGAACACUUCGACUUUGUGCUGACCUCUGAGGCUGCUGGCUGGCCCAAGCCAGACCCCCGCAUUUUCCAAGAGGCUUUGCGGCUUGCUCAUAUGGAACCGGUAGUGGCAGCCCAUGUUGGGGAUAAUUACCUCUGCGAUUACCAGGGACCUCGGGCUGUGGGCAUGCACAGCUUCCUGGUGGUUGGCCCACAGGCACUGGACCCCGUGGUCAGGGAUUCUGUACCUAAAGAACACAUCCUUCCCUCUCUGGCCCAUCUCCUGCCUGCCCUUGACUGCCUAGAGGGCUCAACUUCAGGGCUUUGAGGCCGGUGAGGGAAGUGGCUGGGCCCUAGGCCAUGGAGAAAACCCUAAACAAACCCUGGAGACAGGGAGCCCCUUCUUUCCCCACAGCUCUGGACUUUUCCCCUCUCCCUGGGGCCUUUGUCACCUAUUGUGAUAAUAAAGCAGUGAGUGCUGAGCUCUCAGCCUUCCCCCACUAACCAGC